AUGGCUUUGCAAGACAUCGAUCAUGUUGCCGCCAGCCUGGACGCACCAAACAUGGAUCCACUACAAGGGACCAAGUACGACUUCGAACGAGACCUCGUCGGCUAUGGAAGGGACUCCAUCGACCCCAAAUGGCCUGGAGGUGCCAAGAUUGCCGUUGCGUUUGUCAUCAACUACGAAGAGGGUGCGGAGCGUUCUUUACUGAACGGAGACGGUCAAACCGAAAGUGUCCUUUGGGAGCAAGCUCAUGUACCCGAGCGGAUUGGGUCAAGAGACCCCAAAAUUGAAAGCGACUACGACUAUGGUUCUCGCGUUGGCGUGUGGCGCCUCCUGAAUAUGUUCGAAAAGUCCAACAUCCGAACAACGAUCAAUGCGGUGGGUCAGGCGCUGGAAAAGAAUCCGCCCGUGGCCAAAGCAUUUGUCGCUGGAGGCCACGAAGUCGCCAGUCAUGGAUAUCGUUGGAUCCCCUAUCACAACAUGUCCCCGGAGGAGGAGAAGCUGUACAUGCAUCGCCAGAUGCAAUCCUUGAAGGCCACCACCGGAUCGUACCCUGUCGGUUGGUUUGUGGGUCGGUGCUCGCCUCAUUCCAAAGCUCUCAUCCACGAAGUGCACGAAGAGAUUGGCGCUCCUCUGCUCUAUGAAGCCGACUGUUUUGCAGAUGAUUUGCCGUAUUGGAGCGACGUGCCGGCGGAGAAGGACGUGCCCAACCCCAAGGGCAUGCUGAUGAUGCCCUACAGCUACGACAACAACGACCUCAAAUAUCAAAUCGCGCCUGGCACAUUCAGUUCACCCAACAGCUUCUUGGAAUAUCUGAAAAGCGCAUUUGAUGUGCUCUAUGCCGAAGGAGUCGAAGGCCGGCCGAAGAUGAUGUCCAUUGGGCUACAUUGUCGCAUCAGUGGCAAGCCUGGACGGUUUGCAGCGAUCGAGGCUUUUGUCAAAUAUAUACAACAGCGUCCAGACGUGUGGAUUACGACCCGGAGAGAGAUUGCAUCGCAUUGGAGGGCCAAUUUCCCCUACCGCACGAGCACCGAGGUCGAGACCGAGGUCGAGGCCGUAGACGAGGAAGGGGGUGAGGGCCAGCCCCUUCACCAACAGCAGAGGGCAGAUAGUGUGGUGUAUGCUCGCAUAUAG